UCUGCACCACCGAGACCGUCUAUAUAACUCAAUAAGACCUCAAAUCAUGUGCAACAGAGAUCAAGACACCAUCACCAUUUCAGCUUGCUCGUGCGAUUCGGGCGGCGACAUCUCAAAAGACCCAAUGGAAGCUGGUGCCUACGCACCUUACGGAAGGACCGAAAGUCAGCCACUAGAUCUUCCUGACGAGUGGAAGCUGCCAUCCGAGCCCGUCGCUCGGUUUUGUUUCACCCAAUUUUACUUAAUCACCCUCGGAAAGCCUGAUCUCGAGGAAUUGUGGCAGGAUGUGAGCCAAUGGAACGGCGUGAAUAAGCGUAUUGUACGCUCGGAUGAUCCGGUUGCUCGUCAAUUCAUUACGAUCCUCAUCGUCCUCGUGUAUGGAGCAUGCAUGUUGAUAAUACAACAUGGUAUCACAAUAGCGGACCGCACAUGGCUUCGCAUGUAUUCUGGUGACGGGAACAAUGCAGUGGAGCCACCCUCCCACUUGAGACUAACUCCCAUCCUCACCCAGAAAACUGCUAGUUUGUCCAUGCCUUUGUCUGACUUCUGUGAUGGGAAGCGCGAGUUGGAGUCUGAAGUUCGCAAAACGAGGAGCUCUGAGGUUAUUAAGGAGGGUAUGAAGACCCGACUACUCACUCCACAGCAACAGUGUGUCGCAGCAUGAAAACCAAUGUCUGCAUCGCUCGGAUAGAGAUGACAGCAGGCAUGGAGGGGCUUUUGUAUGAGUAAUGUCGCCUGACCGAG